GAGGUGCCGGUACGCGCAUGCGCCCCGCCCAGGGAGCGCCUCACAGCUCGGCGAAAGCAAAGCGCCCGGAGGAAGUGUCAGCUCGCUGCACAGACUUGGCUUUGCGUCCUAGGCUUCUAAAACACCUCGGGAUGUCUCUGAAAGAAUGUCUCAAGCUUACGGGACUGAUUCACCGUGUCCUAUUAAAUGGCAACCUUACUCCACCAACUUGUUCUAGGACACUGUCGUGCUUAUCGAAAGCUCGAACUCACUAUGCGUUUUGUCCGCGGACCCCCGCUGCCCUGCACGUGUUGCGCGGCUGCAGCUCCGCACCCCAGACGGACUUUACGGUGUCCCACCAACAACUAAAGCAGCUGUUGUCUACCCGGACUGGCGUGGUCAUCGACGUCCGGGAGCCGUGGGAACUCAGGGAGUACGGAUCCAUUCCUGGGUCAAUUAACGUCCCCCUGGGGCAGGUGAACCAGGCACUCCGGCUGACUCCUGAGGAUUUCAGGGAGAAGUACGGCUCUGACAUGCCAGGCCCAAGCGACCAGAUUGUGUUCUCCUGCCUGGCAGGUAUCCGGAGUAAGAAGGCUCUGGAUACCGCGGUAUCCUUAGGGUACUCCAACGUUCAGCAUUAUCCCGGCGGAUGGGAGGAGUGGGCCGAACGUGAGAUGUUACGGACUAAACACUGAAGGACUUCUCCGAGCCAACCCAGAAGAGUCAUCGUCUGUUCCCGGAGAGUGAGCGAAUGGAUCCUUUAGAGGGAUGGCUUAAAGCGGCUGCAGACCGCCAUUGCGGGAUUGCUUGAUAAGGGCUAAUCGUCUUGUGUGUCGGGUCAGGCUGAAAUUACCGUUGAUUUAAAUCCGUAUGGGAGGGCACCGAUUUCACCACAUGGGGGGGAAAAAAGGUUCCAAAAAACAAAGAGAGAAGUGAUUCUUCUCACCUGCCUGCUGUACUUAUUGAUGCAUUUGUGUAGUGGAAACAAAUGCAUGUUUAGUAGCUAAUGAAGCAUACCCUGGUGUUCCCAUUCUGUUAUACGUUCUGCUGGUAAUCUUCAAUGUGUGAUGAGUUAGCUUCUGUGCACUAAAAUUAUGAUGUACCAGUGCGCCUGCAUCAUGUUACAUCCAACCCCCCCUCAAUGAUCUGUCUGACCUUUUCCCCUCAGCUUCUGAAAACCAAACGCGCAUCUGUGAACAGUGACAUGGGCGCCUGGACUCAUAAAUGCAGAGAAAUGUCCCACUGAUUGUAACCUACCCCUAGGAGGGAAAUCACCCCCCACCCUCACCAAAAAAUGUAACUGGAAAAAGUAGCAACCGUCACUGCGGUCCAGAUAUCUGUUUUGUCUGCUUGUUGUAUUAUCUGAAAUAAUAAAAAUUAUGUAAGUACUGCAA